AUGUCUUUCGAGGUUAUCCUUUCUAUUGUUUUUCUUUUCUGCGUUCUGUCUACCUUGUUAGUUGUUUAUAACAACCGUCAAGGUCGUAGUGUAGUUAAACGGCUGCAGCAUAACGUCCUCAACCAGCGGAUCAAAAUUAAAACUCAAAGCAACUCGGCAAUCAAAAUGAUGAUUAUAGUUACAAGUGUGUUCCUGUUAUGUUUCGGAUUGCUUAUGCGUUGUAGUAUCUCAGUCUUACAUGGUAACAACGAUUGUAACGAUUUCCAUUACAAAAAAAUGCCGCUGCAGGUGGUUAACUCUGGAAUAAACCCUUUAGCUUACGCUCUUUUCAAGAGAGACAUAAAAGCAGAGCUUAAAAGAGUAUUCAAGAAACGUCAGUAGCUGUAGAAAAGUGGAGAUAGCAGCUAAAUGCUGGGAAUUGGACUUGGUAGAUAAGGAGCCCCGAAGGGAAAUAACAUUCUUAUUUUUAUCAAUGGAAGGGAUCAAAGCUUAUAAUAAUCUAGACAAGAAGGGAGAAAUAGGAUUGAUUUGCCUGAAAACAGAAGAAAGAUGAUAGAUAAGUCUCGCGUAAAAUGACCAAAAGUGCCGUCCAAAAUGCUGUUGAAAAUCCAUGUGAUGCUCCCCCAAGUAAUCAAUGUCUUAGUUCAGAAAUCAACGCAAAAAGGGAGAUAAUUGUUUUUUCUGCCUUGAUUUCUUUAGUAUUUGAACACCACGUAAAGUCUCCUUGUUGUUAGAGUAGAAAAAAAUAAACUUCCUUGUUAACAGAGCUGAUAAUUUUCUUUUAUCCUUACAGCUGGCAAUGGUUUCAGUAGUCAGGGAGAUUUACAAGAAUUAUUUAACAAAUAGAGAAGCCUUGUAUGUGCUCUGUUCUGUUGCAAAGCACUCAGGAAGUGCCGAACAAAGCACGAAAGAAGUGAAACGAAAAACGCUCGUCUCGCGUUUCUCCUCGCAUCUUGUUCAGCUCUACUUUCGUUACUUGCCAGCUCGCUUGAUCAAAAAUUUCACUUUCAAUCAGCGAAAAAAGCUAGUGAGAAGUUCUGGAAAUGGUCAGACAUAUUACAGUUCCGCGGAUGGCGUGACAGCUUUAGCUCAGCUCAAUGCUUUGUACUCUGAUAGAGCACGCUCUUUCAACCAGUGAUAGCGCGCGUUAUAUCCGAACUUUAUUAUAAAAUUAAAUGACCCACAUAGUUUCAAUUUUGUCCAUCAGUCAAACGAUGUGAUAAAGCCAUACAAAAGGAUAGACCAAGCUGAGGCACUUAACAGGCUCAUGUUUUUGAAAUGGGCCUUUUGAGCAAUAAUUAUGAUGAGAGCCUGAAAAUCGAAUUCCCCAUAUAUUGGGUUCUUGUGAAUUUUAAAAGUUUAAUACGUGCAGAAAAUUACAUGGAUUUUAAUAAGCUCGUCGUAUGACUGACUUAUAAAUGAAAAUCAGUUUUUUGAAAGAAGAUAUUAAAAAGGAGAUUUCUCAUCUAAAAACUACCCAAAACAAAUUAACCUCCGAAAAAUUCAACUUGGAUUUAUGAUUGAUCCAAUGGGCAGUUUGCAGCGUAUCAAUCUUUAUGCCUAGAACUUCCUCUUCUUUUCCUCCAUGUGGUAUGCAUCGACCUGUUUAAAUUCUUGGGCAGCCCUAUUUCGUACGUACUGCUCCACCAGUUUGGGUAUAGCCAGUCUUCUGACAGCUUUGGAUGUCAGUAGAUUGGCUAAUCUUGAAGCUAAUCUUGAAGCACUCGCCAUAUGUUCUUGUACCUUCGAUAUCUUUUGGAAAGCAACUUGGUUAUUGUGUUCUCCAAUUUUCCACUUAAAAUGGCACUGUGCUUGAAAGUAUCAUUUUAGCCUUUACAUCGACUCAGUACAUUGUUAUCGCGUCUCCUUUAAAUUACUACCGUUCAGUGACAUGACAGAAAGCUGACCUUCAUUUAGCGAUGAUCUGGUGUCUUGAUUGGGUAGUGGUUUGGGUUGCAAUUCAUCUCAUCAUCCAACACUAUGUCUUUAUUGUAAUCGAUAUCAGUAUCUAAAUCACUUUGCAUCUUAUACAAAGAAAAGUAAAAUGGCCAAAGGAUAUUCACUUUAAGGGAAAGCUGAAACAUCAGAGAGAGGAAAGAUUUCCAAAUCAAGUUCGGCAUGGUAGGUUUGAAUUUCAAGCUUCUCGUCAGAAUAACUGUAUGUGCUUUAUCGCCCACUGUACAAAAAAACAGAACCAAUAUGCUCUCUCGGUAUAGAGCUUGAUUGACUAUUUGAGUUCAAUUAGUCUGCUCUAUAUAAAAUCGUAAUGAAUCUGUUUAUCAACGAAUUGUACAGAGAUUGUCCCCGCAUAAUUCACUGCCCCUACAGACUAACUGUUCAGAGAUCAUAUUGAGCUAAAAAGGGUAAUCUAGAAUUCUAAUUAAUGAAUCUUUGCCUAUAUGACUGGUGGAUCUCAUGUAACCAUAAUAAAGAGCUUCUCUCAGCGAAUUAGAAUACAGGUUUUCCAUAAAAAUGCGCCGGAAUUAUUUUUGUGUUAUAAAAUUGCGAAAUCCCAGCUUGCAUGUGUGUAUUAGUUCCUGAGCACUGUUGAAACAAAAAGGGGCUUGUAUUAAAGUUCAUAUGGCAACCAGGUGGACAAUCAGACAUUGUUUGAUGUUACUCUGGUUUAAAGAUUUAAUGAAUGUAACCAAAGAAGUUACAAUUCAUAGACCCAGCGUUUCGACACUCCUGUCUAGUGCCUUCAUCAGGGGUGAUCCAAACGCUGCAACAAGAGGUCCUUUUAUACAAUCACUAAUUAGCUGCCUUUUUUGAAGCUAAUAAGUGACCGUAUGAAAGGACCCUUGAUGCAGCGUCAGAUCACCCCUGAUGAGGGCACUAGACAGGAGUGUCGAAACGUUGUGUCUAUGUACUGUAACUUCUUUGGUUAUAUUCAUUAAAUCUUUAAACCAGAGUAGUAUCACACUAUGUCAAAAAAGGGGCUUCUUUUCACAGGCACAACCAAAGUUUAUAUUGCAAAUCAUGUCUAUUUAUAUUUCGUGUCGAUCUAUAUUUCAAAUCAUGUCUAUCUUAUGAUAUAUUCUAUAUUUCUUUUCCUGUAGGAUCAGAAAUUUUCAAGUUGGAACUGCUGAGAAAUAGUCUCGUUUUGUGCAGAAUCCGCUCCAUUUAUUCCAAAUCUACCCUCACUCAAAAUACUCCUUUCGUUUUUUGAGAUUGCAAUAGGGAAAUAAUUUAAGUGUCCGCUAUCACUUAUUAUAUUAUAAGCUCAGUUAUGCACGCAUUCUGAUUGGUUCUCACUUAUGAUCUAUUGGAGGACAGACGUAUAGAUGACGUCAUCAUUAAAACUUUUUAAAUUCUUUAUUAUAUAAAACAAAUAGAUUCCAAGUUGCCGUGCGUCUGUUCAGUAAUAGAUCACUGAGGACGUCAAAAUGUGGUAAGAACAUCAGUGACACACUCUGGCUGCGCCUCGUGUGCCACUUUUUCUGUUCUUACCACAUUUUGACGUCAUUUGUGAUCUAUUACUGAACAGACGCAAGGCAACUUGGAAUCUAUUUGUUAAAGAGGCAACAUCUCUCAGGAUUUGCUCCGUCAUAAUUCUCAGGUCGAGCCAUUUAUAUGAAAAGUGAACUAUAGAAAUCUAUAUAAGUCUUUGUGUCAAAUCGUAUGGUAAACAUUAAACGGGGUAACUCGCGCUUGCAGUAUUGCAUGCGACAACUAAAAAAUAGAGAGAAGUGAAAAUGGCUUUAAGGUCAAUAAGUCUGGAGAUUGCAAGUACUUGACAUAGUAUGGGACCCGAUCAUAAAAGUCAUAAUUGGCUUAAUGAAGUAACUUGAAGGUGGCAGUUGGUUUUAUGAAAAGGCGUUGUUCCAAGCAGCUGGGUAACCUUACAUGUGUGAACACAAAUAUGAAUGCAUACAGCUAUUACUUCUCAAAACCCUCUUUACUCUGGUAACUCAAAUAAUGCAAAAAAAAUGUCCUGGUCUAAAUUCAAUAGAAACUUAAAAGGUGUUUGUUUCUCGGCUGUUUCCGAACCUGGAAAUCAUAGGACAUUAGGUGAGGUUUUAUCAAGGGAUCAUGUGGUUUUAUCAAGAGAUCUCGAGAGUUGUAAAUUGUGUUGACAGGUUUCUAAAGCUGACGUUUCAAGCGUUAACCCUUCGUCUUUGGCCAAUUGGCAUUAUUUAUUCAGUUGAUGAAACAAAGCUUGCUCACUUUGAUAUUGUUUUGCAGAAUAGAAGGAAGCAAAAUGGCUUUGUAAUAUUUUUGGACUAAUUUAUUCGUUGUGAGAAAACAAAUCGGCUCAGUCUUCAGGCUCAAUCAGCCUAAAGUGAGAUAGUACUCGACAAAUUGUUGGAGAAAUCAUGAGAUUCCUACAACAAAAUAAAUUUCAUUAAUGGCUUGAUAAAGAAGCAACUCCGGAAAGAAAAGUGAAGGUUACAGAAGGGUUUUAGUAAAAUUGUGGGUCGAAGCAGCUGGUUCCAUAAAACUUUUAGAGACUGUAAGAUGCUAGUUGGUCGAUGAAAAAUAUAAUCAUUCGAAGAAGCAGGUUAUCAAAAUUCAGUUUGAAUUUCUGAUGUAAGGUCAAUCAUUUGAAAAUCAAAGGAGGCGAGUUUUGCUUAACGUUGAAAAAGGGGUCAGUUCAUUAAUUUACCUCUAAUUUGUUCUUCUAUGUAACACUAUUGUUUUCAAAACAGCGUAAUGUAGUAAUUUUCUUUUCUGUAAUAUUAAGUUGAAUUACGCUCGAAUUUUGAUUAGUUAACUCUAUCGUAUGAUCUAUUGCAGGACAGACGCAUAGAUGACGUCAUCAUAACCAUGCUAUUUUUCUUUGUUAUCAUAUAGAACAAAAGGAAUUUAUGUUGCCAUGGGUCUACUCGGUCAUAUAUCACAGAAGACGUCAAUAUGCGGAAAGAACAUCGGUCACACUCUCAGCUUCACCUCGUAUGCCACUAUUUUGUUCUAACAACAUUUUGACAUCAUGAUCAUAAAUGUUACUCCAGAGAACAAGGAGCCUUAGGAAAAGUGGAUACCCUUAUAUCCUGCCACGUGUCAGGAGUGAACGUCAUAAACGCUGUUUUGUAAACAGAUGCCUUUUCAGUUUGUUAUUCAUACAUUCGUAAAUAGUUCGUAAUUAGCUUUUUAUUGCGGUUAUAUGGAGUCAAGACGUAUGACCUUGGACACGUUUCCUUUGGUAUUUAUUACUAAAUAGACGGUAUCCCAGACCCUGCAUUUUCGGUUCCAAGACUUGCACUCAUUAAUUGGUAAAUGGGCUCCACGUUGAGAAAACUUAUUUAACGCAGGUAGUAUUGUUACUCACAAUAAGAAACCGACAUUUCUUGACACAUAAUUAACAUAAAAACAUACUUCAUCAGUUUGAGUUCGAAACAAACGUGCUCUGUACGAAUCGCAUUAAAUGGUCAGCUACGAAACGAUCCUUGGAAAGAAAAGACAGGUAACCGAACAGUGUCACUAACCCAACUAUCUGUUAAAUGCUUGGCGAGUUCUGAAGUAACCCAAAACCUCUUUGGAAAAUUCUAUGCAGCUGCAGACGAAUUGUUGACAUACAACGUCAAGCUGGAAGAGAGGAAAAGCUGAAUAUUUUAAUCGUGCAAAAGAUGUCUAUGGAUUUUAUAUAUUUUUGCUAGGCGUUCAUAACAGCGGAUCACUUUAAGACCCAUUCCCGGCGAAUAAACGUGCCCUUUGCAUGACAUUAAAGAAAAUAGCGUGCGUGAAAUGAAUGAAUAAAUUUUGUGCAAUAAAUUUAUAGUAAUUCUAUCUCUCAUCUGCAUAAAUUUCUCAUCUCUGCUGAGACAAAAGGAGAGCGACUUAAUUCUACAUGUCAGUUCAAGUAUUGUAUAUCGUCGUUUCCUAGAAACAAAUUAGAUGAUUAAGUUCCUAUUUUCUUUCCUUGAUAUUCAAGACUUUUAAAUUAAAACAGUGUAGAACUAUCCAGUGAUUAACAAUGUCAAAUUUACUUAGAAUUAAAUUAUUUUGAAGUUACCUUCCAUGGAAAUAUAUAUAUAUUUGUUGAAAUAUGGGUCGUAUCUUCAUCAAUUCAAUUCUUGUUUGCGAUACUGACAUUCUGAAAAAAGGAACCGUAAUGUAAAGUAAAAUUAAACUUAUUAAAUGAUAAUGGAAAAACAAUUUAGGAAAAAUUGUUCAAUUUCGGUUGGUCCGUGCUUUUACAAAACUAAUAAACAGGCGUCAAAGCAUCUGACAAAAACGCAUUAGGAUAGGGGUAUGUUUUCACUCUUAAUUGUGGAAGAACAUAACAGGCUAUUUACUUAAUUAUAUUUUACACAAGCGGUAGAUGGGGCCAGAAGGUUUUGUAAGACCUCCUGUAAAUAUAACGUUCCUUCUGAAAGUAUUUAAAAUUCGUCUUUGCUCUCAAGAAGAAAACAAUUAAAAAGUCCCGAACAGCCACCGAGAAGAACUUCAAUGGAAAUUUGGUUUUGGGUUCUCAGCUGGUGCCUCUGUAUCCUAACGAUGGCUGGAAAUGGAUUUGUCAUCUUCCUCGUCUGCAGGAAACGUCAACUUCGCACGAAAAGCAAUACAUUCAUCGUGUCUUUAGCAGUGGCUGAUUUUUGUUAUGGGAUGAUAGCAGUUCCUUCGGAAUUUCUUUGCGACGUGAUGAAUGAGUGUAGCUCGGAUAAAAAGACAAAUAUGGUUAUAACAUAUAUAUGGGUUUUCAUACUUUACGCCUCUGGAACAAACUUGAUCACUUUAGUAUUGGAACGAUAUAUCGCCGUCGUGAAACCUUUGAAAUAUUUGACUUUUAUGACGCGCCACCGAGUAAUUCAAAUGGUUCUUAUAUCUUGGGGAAUUCCUUUUCUUUUCAAUCUUAUAGUAUUGUCGAUGAGACUCAAUUCAGUCCAUCGUAUUAGCGGCUAUUUGCAUUUGUUUGUUGAGGUAAUCUUGUGUGCAGUUUUAUUAUUUUGCCUUUCAUCUAUGCUUCUUGUUGUUUACAAGCAAAAAUCUAAAGAUCGCACUUUAGCUAAACAAUUGCGCUUUAAUCAACUGGUCGCUAAUCAUAAAUUUAAAACUCAGAACUCGCUCGCGGUAAAAUGGGUCUUUUUGGUAACGAUUGUGUUUCUAUCGUGUUAUGUAAUAAUCAUGCGCUGUAGUUUGUUAGUUUUGACAGGUCAUCCAUGUAAUGAUUUUCGUUAUAAAGGACCUUUACAAGCGAUUAACUCUGGAAUAAACCCUUUAGCCUACGCUUUCUUCAAAAGGGACAUAAAACAAGAAUGUAAAAGGUUUCUUUUUAAAAGGCGUCGUUGAUUUACUACAGAGCUGUUCAUGAGCAAGAAAAUGUUGAGGUAUAAAAGUAACACUUCCCUUAGAUCCCGAGCCUGGAGCCUAAGGUUAUCCGGUUCUGGAUCUUUCUGUGAGGUAUAAAUUCUCAUCUUAAUAGAUGUUCUAAGGUUUCCAAUGAAACAAGGAUAACUCAUUGUAAUUGUGUAAGAAUGUAGUUGUUCUGCCGCAUUUUGUAAUAACGACAGAUUCUGCAGUUGCAGUUUAAUCAACGGGUCGUUGGUGGUAAACUCGGAAUAUGUCAGCAUUAAAUAACGUUGGUAACGCGCGUGUUUUUAUUGUGUUACAGAAUACUUAUGAGUUGCAGUUUUUCCGUUUCAAUGGGUCCUCAGUGCACAGAUUAACUUUGGAUGAAAUCCUAUAGCUUAUGCUUUCUUCAAAAGGGACACAAAGCAAGAAUGUAAAAGGAUUCUCUUCAAGAUGCGUCGUUGAUUUAAUACCCAACCCCUGUUCGUAAGCAAGAACUAUUUCGGUUGAUGCCUGAGCUUUUUUUUUUAAUUUUUUUUUUUACAAUACGUCUUGUUAAACCUUAGCAUAUUCGGUUGUGGAUCCAUCUAUGAUACAUAAAUUCUGAUUUUAAUUCAUGGUUAGUUCAAAAGAUCCCAAUAAAAUAAAUAUUAAAAAAAAUAAUAAGGUGAAAGAAUGCUGAGUUUAUUCGACCUAAAUUUGCAAGAUUUUAGACCACAUAUCGAUGUUUUUGAAGUUUUUGCUGAUGCAAAGAGCUAUUACGUAAUGCUGGACCGAAAUUUCAAUCGUCGAACCCACGCGCAGCACGACAAAAAGUCACGCUCCAACUUUGCUAAGUUUUCAAAGCAGCGAAACACUUUGAACAGCUAUUCACAGUGAAUAAACGCACGCCUUGUGUGACAGUCAAAAAUAGGUGCAGGAGUUUGAGGCAAAGAUAAUUUAUGUCUCAAGAAAUUGAUAAAUUCUAUCUUGUGUCUGCGUUAACUUCUGGGCACUGUGAAACAAAAAAGAAUCUUCUGUCCAUAAGACAAAGUAAUGAUAAAGCCUAUUUCAAUUUAUGCCCUGCUCCGAAUCCGGCCAAUCUAUUUCCAAUUUACCUUUGAUCAAAAAUGGAUCGUAAUAUUCACUACUAUUCCUCUUAAAUACCUUGCAUAGUUUCACUAAGCUACUUUCACUCCAUGAAAAACAUACAUAUAUAUUGAUAUGCUACCGUUUUCAAACAUACUGCAAUAUGAAAAAAUAUAUAUAUUGCAAGUUUGGCAGCAGUUAUUAUAUAUUUAUUUUUAAAAAAAUCUCUUUAAUUUAUUCUAUCAACAGCUCUUUCAUGGGAAAAGAAAAGGUGACUAUUUUUCAUACUUAUUUUUUCAAAUUGCAAUGCCUUAUAUAUGUAUACAUGUUUCCUUUUUUCCAACACUGCAAAAGGACCGCGUGGAGUGCCAUUUCUAAUCUUACUCAGAAUUGUGUUGUUUGGAGCACUCACUUCCAGGGAUUCUUAUAAUUGCUUUUGUCGUUGGUCUUGACUCGGAUGAUGAAAUUUUAGUAAAAUCAGAGCAGCACCCAUCACUUUCUGAUUGGUUAUACUCACGAAAAUUUACUAAAAUAUGUAAAACUGCGUGCUCAAAAAGCGCGUUUUAAAAUCUGAAAGUUUAAUCGAUUUUUUGGCCCAAAGAUGUGAAUUGUAUAAUGGUUUUCCUGUAGAGCUGAAAUCUAUUUGGAACGAUAUAUUCAAUGACUUUUUUCUUCAGUCCUAAAAAUUAAUCUGCCCUAAGCAAACCUAUCUUUGACCAGCUGAAUGCUCCAAGAUAUAAUUGCAAUUUAAGGAAACAACAUUCUUCUAAUAGCGUUCAGAACUAACUUGAAACAAUCAGGUAGUUCUCAUGAAAAAUGCAUGCAAAUGAAACCAUAUGGCUCAGAAAGAUAACUAACGCUAACUCAAGAACACCUUCUAACAGCUUUCAAAUACAUGCAAAUUGCUUGGAAGCCAGAAAGGAGAAAAUUUAGGCAACGACAACGUGGUUUUGGAUACUCACCUUCCUUCUAAUAAUUAGAAAUGGAUUUGUCAUCUUCCUUGUCUGCAGAAGACGCCAGCUUCGCACCAAAACCAGCACAUUCAUAGUGGCUGAUUUUUGUGUCGGGAUGAUUGCUAUUCUUUCACCUUAG